GACUGUUGGGCCGAUUUAUUAGAAAACUUUGCACAUGCGAUCCCAGUGUAGUGUAAUGGUGAAUGUGGCUAUGGAAACAGCUUCACGUCCCAUUCUCAACAUUUUCCGUUUCAGCACCAACAACUCUUCCAAACUGUACAACAUUCCAAGAAAAUCCCUCUCCUUUUUGCCUCCAAAAAACUACCUGAGCACUACUUCUAGCAUUGGCAAGUUGUACAGUGAUGGGUGUUUUGUCAAUUCGUCAAGCUCAUUCUCCAGCAGUACCCAAGAUACACCACCUCAGCAACUCGCUCUUCUCCUUGAAGUUGAAGGGGUUUUAAUGGAUGUGUAUCGCUUGGGCAACUGUCAAGCCUUCAAUGCAGCAUUCCGGAAGCUUGGAUUGGACUGUGCAAAUUGGAGCCAGCCAGUUUAUCAGGAUCUUGUAAGGAAGAGCAUGGGUGAUGAAGAAAGGAUGUUGGUCUUGUUUUUUAACAGAGUAAGCUCACAUGGAAAAGUUCAUAGAUGUGUUCUUUGGUUUAAUAGUUUCCGCUUUUACUCAAAUCAAUUUGCUAUUGUGUUUUCUCACUUGUACUAA